AUGGCCGACGUUGCUCCUCCACCUCCACCUCCACCAGGUCCUCCAGGUCCUCCAGGACCUCCUCCUCCUCCUGGUCCCGGUGAUGUUCCUGCCGGUUUUCAACGGAAUCUCAGCGCAAGCGACAAGUUCAAAAGAAGUAUAAUAUCAAGGCUGCUAACUGGAGAGACACCUUUGGAACAAGCGGUAACCGUCACAGUUGUCUCAUCAGCUUCACCGCACUCUCCUUCAGCAUCGCAUCGUUGCUCUCGGCGUUCAUCCACAUCCCUUUUCGGCUAUCUACAGGGCGGCGUUGGCGCUCAUGGAGCGACGUUACGGGGACGUCUACGAAAGCCUGCGUGGAUACGAACGGUUCAAGGGAGACGACUUCGUGCUGGCACAAGUUCUGACGCAGACUGCGACCAACUGCAUCGAGGUGGACAACGUGAAUGAAAAGUGGAAAGAGAAGUUGUUCUAUUCGAAUUUCAGCAAGUGAGGAGCAUCCUUCUGCCGAUGAAUCCGUUGCUCAUGCCUCCGUUGCCCAUGCCUCCGUUGCCAGUGCCUCCGUUGCCCAUGCCUCCGUUGCCCGUGUUCCCGGAGAGCACUGCCCAGGAACCGCCGCGCGAAGUCGUAUGGGUUCCCCCUUUCGGGGUCCCGCCACCGAAUCCUGCUCCUUUUCCUCGCUACCCCAGACCCUCGCUCGCAGGAUCUUCCUCUUCCGAUCCGAAACCGGGCGGACCAGUAGUCGCUCGAAAAAGUCAACAUCACCGUAAAUGGGAGGUAAGACACCAACACUUUCGACUCCAUCUUCAAUCUCUUUUUCAGAGCCCGAUUUAUAUUCCUUUGAAACACUUCUUCAAACAGCGUUGGGGAAAUAUCACAAACGCAGAAUGCCGCGAGCUCGCCGCUCAGUUUGGUAUUGAUUGGAUGGAGCUGAGAACGUACUUUCGAAGAAAAUGGUUUGCAUUUCUCAAUCUAAGCCAGCCUUAAAAAACCUGUUUUUCAGCUCUUCCCUGAGGAGACAAAUCAAGAAAAAAGAAGAGAAAAAAUGA